CGUGUGUUGCCGCCAUGAUUAGUACAUGUUGUCUAUGCCUCGUUAAGUCAAUAACGCCCUCAAUCAGAAGCUACUACAUUGUGCAAAGAGAGCUGAUAGCAGUACCAUAAUUAUUCUUCAAAUACACCUGAGCAGCUUUUGUACAUGUGAACUGGGAAGUGUACUUUACACCUGAGCAGCUGAGCAGUGAACUUAGGGAGGGAAUCUGCUAUAGAGUGUGCGAGCCUUAAGUCUCCUUUAUACUGCUAAGGGUAGUAGUGCAAGUAGUGAGAAAUGGUUUCGCUAUUUCUGUGGCUCCUUGUUGCGCUGGUUGGAACCCUUGAUUGUUAUGCAAAAGGGCCAAUAUGUGGAAAGCGUCCCCCAGGGGCCCGUAUCGUGAAUGGUCAGGAGGCAGUGUCUCACUCGUGGCCCUGGAUUGCGUCCCUGCGGAAGGGACGUUCUAAUUACCAUACGUGCGGUGCGACAUUGAUACGACCUGGAUGGGCGAUAACCGCUGCCCACUGUGUAAUGAGGCCUGACAAAUACACAGUUAUUGUUGGGAGCCAUUCUCGCGAUGCAAGUGAGCCUAGCGCACAGAACAUUAAAGUAAGGCGAGUGUACAGGCAUCGCGGAUUUUCCAUGGCAAACUACGUGGACGACAUAGCACUCCUUGAGCUAGAGAGAUCAGCAGUCAUCAACGACAAGGUAUCGACGGCGUGUCUUCCGAGCGGCGAACCUAAAGUCGGGGCGAUAUGCUACAUCGCAGGCUGGGGAAGACUUCAAAGCCUCGGGGAUGUCGCAUUGACCCUCCAGCAAGCCAAAGUCCCCAUCGUCUCAAAGGAAGACUGCAAGAGGGCGUAUGGAGCCAUCAUUCGCCCCUACUCACACAUCUGUGUGGGCUUUAACACUGAGAACGCCGCUAGCUCCUGUCAGGGGGAUAGUGGUGGACCUUUGGUAUGCGAGGAGGAAGGACGAUGGGUACUCCACGGCGCCACAAGUUUUGGAAAAAGUUGCUCACCAAAGCACUACAGCGUCUAUACGCGUGUUAACAGCUAUAUGAAGUGGAUUUUUGACCGUAUAGGGGAGGAAGUUCCAACAGUCAGACCCACCCCACCCCUGACGAGUACAGCAGCCGAACCAGUCGUCACACCAACCACAAAAGGCAAGACCACCACCACAGGGCACCCAACAAAGACUCCGACAACAACAAGCGGUCCAACCCAUCCGCCAACAACCACAGCAAGACCAACUUCUACAGGCUGUGUUGAUAAAGCCGACAAUUGCAAGCACCUGGCGGAUGAAUGCGCAACAUACUUCAUCAUCAAGAAGAUGUGUCCCAAGACAUGCAAAGUUUGUUAGCCUCCCAAGCAAAAGAAAGAAAAAAUGAUGAGCUAUUGAAAAAAGAAUAUUACAAACGAACUUUAUAACGCAAUUUGUUUAGUCGAUGAAAUAUUUGACAAGCAUAAUCUACUAUUAUUUUUUAAUACAUCGCGCAAUAUGUCUUCUAGAUUCUUUUCUUUCUAGCUUGGCAACUCCUUGCCUAAUAGGCCAAUAAACUACUGUGUGAACACAAA